AUGCAUACACAAUGUCCAGUAGAUAAAACAAAUAUCUAUCUAUCUAUCUAUCUAUCUAUCUAUCUAUCUAUCUAUCUGCAUCUAUUUCAUUAUGUUCUCCCUCUUUCUUUCUUUCUUUCUUUCUUUCUUUCUCUCUCUCUCUCUAUCUAUCUAUCUAUCUAUCUAUCUCUCUCUAUAUAUAUAUAUGCUUAUUCUAUUUUAACCUUCAACCUUUCCGAAUCUCAUUCACGUAUCUUUUCUUUCGUUCAUUUUGUUCUUAGUUUUUUAUAUUUUGUAAUUUUUACUUCUGUAUUUCUUUUUAAUCAUUCUCUUUUUUAUUUCUUCUUCUUUCUUUCUUUAUUGUUCACUUUCCCCUUUUCUUUCUCUAACUUUUUUCUCUCUAUCUUUUUUAUUUCUUUUUUUUCUUUGUUGCUUUUCUUUUUUAAAGUCUUUCAUUUUUUUCUUCAUUUCUUUAUUUCAUUUUUCACCAUCUUUCUUCUUUCCAUUCUACGUUUUCUUUUUCCUCGUCUCUGUGUUUCUCUUUUCUUAUUAUUCUCUCUUUUUCUUUAUUGUUUAUUCAUUUUAUUCAGCUCUUUUCUACUCCAUCUUGCUUUCUUUGUUUCUUUCAUUCAUUCUUUCAGUUGCAUAAUGGCGUCUAUUCUCUCUUUUCCAAACAGUGCCAGGACUUCAGACGGAGAGAUACAAAUUCCAUAA